AUGCUUUGGGUACUCUUUUUAUGGCUUGCCCACGUUACCGUAAUGGCAGUCCCGGAGGGAUAUUUCGGAUGUGCAACGUUUAAAGGCCACAACAACUGGGCCGAGCUGCUUAUGCAAUUGGACUGCGAGCGGAGAAUGCCCGUCGUUUCUGAAUGCUGCGAAACACACGCCAAGUGCUACAAGGAGAACGGCGGCAAGCUGAGAUGUGAUCAGCAGCUUUGUGACUGUAACCAGCGCGCCGUCUAUGGCAAUGCGUUAUGCCAGCGCCACGUCGGCAUGUACUGCGAAUGGAUUAAGAGCGACCGGCUGACAUACGCGUUACUGCGGGGAAAG